AAGCAAAUGAUCAAUUAAAUAUUAUCUUUGUAAAUAAACAUGCUGCUCAUUUUCAACAAAACAAAAUCAUUCAAAUUAUCCCCCAACUAGCCACUAUACCUUCUUCAGUAACAAUGAGUAAUCAAUGUGCUGCAGCUCGGUAUUUAAAAUAUGCCACACAGCUUACAGUUGACUAUAAUGAUGAUGAAAUGACACAAUGGUUAAAAACAUUUAUUGAUCAAAAGAAGCAUUUUCUAGCAAAUAAUAACAAAGACAACCUGUUAACUAACGAAUUUGAUGAUGAUAAAGAUGAUAAAAACAAUAAUUUCAUAGUUGCUAAUCUGCCAAUCAACAAAUGUAAAAGUAGACCUGAAAUAAAAAGUAGACCUGAAAUAAAAUGA